AUGGCCGACCCCCGCGUUGAAGAGCUCCCCGAUGAGGAGGUCCCCAAGAACGUCGAGAGCGACUCUGAGUCCGAGGCUGGUGAGGAGCCCGUCAUCCCCGGCGGUGCUGCUGUUACCAUCCACUCUCGCAACGAGAAGAAGGCUCGCAAGGCCAUUGCCAAGCUUGGCCUGAAGCACGUCCCUGGCAUCACCCGUGUCACCCUCCGCCGCCCCAAGAACAUCCUCUUCGUCGUCAACCAGCCUGAAGUCUACCGCUCCCCCUCCAGCAACACCUGGAUCAUUUUCGGUGAGGCCAAGAUCGAGGACCUGAACGCCCAGGCCCAGGCUUCCGCCGCCCAGCAGCUUGCUGCCGCCGAGGCUGCUGGUGAGCACGCCGGUCACGACCACGACCACGACCACGAUCACGACCACGGCAAGGGCAAGGCCCCCGAGACCGAGGCCAAGAAGGAAGAGGAGGAGGAUGAUGGUGAGGAGGUUGACGAGGCUGGUCUCGAGGCUAAGGACAUCGAGUUGGUCAUGGCUCAGGCCAGCGUUUCCCGCAAGAAGGCCGUCAAGGCGCUGCGGGAGAACGACAAUGAUAUUGUGAACUCGAUCAUGGCACUCAGCAUAUAA